AUGAACAACUUGGAUCUUCAUAUUUUGAAAUCUAAAGCACAAGAAACCGAGGAAAGACUGGAGGAGGUUACUUCAAGACUUGAAAACAGUGAGGAUGCCUGGAAAGGGCCUUUAGUAUUGAGGGCAACUGCAAAUAUUCUACAGAGGAAUAAGCUCUUUAGUAUGGGCAUUAUGGCCCAACCUCAAUGGGGCAGGGGUUUGGAUGAUAUACCUCAUAGAAAUAGGAGACAACUAAGAAAGCUAGUUACUUGCUAUCAGUUAGAGUUGGAUGACUCAGAUAGUUACUGGAGGUUGGGCUGUUUAAUAGGUGAGGACUCUAAAGGCUCAAAGGCUAAGAAGCGAUACAAGAUGCACAUUCUUGAAGCCUCCUUCACCUUCAUCCUCAACUUGUGUGAACCAAUUUCCUCCACGAGCAGGGCCAUGGAAGAAGCAUCAUGGGAGCAGAGACUGCAAGCCUUAACGCACAUCCUAACGAGCCCCACAACCACCCCAUCUCUCCACUCUCAAUUCUUCAUCGCCACCCAAAUCCCCUGCUACCUCAACUGGGACUAUCCUCCCUUCCUCUGCUCCAACCCCAACCUUCUCAGAACAUGGCUCCGCUCAUUCUUCCUCAAAAGGGUCUUCGGAACUGCACCUCCUCAAACCUCUUGGAGAUCUAAGUGCCCCUUCCACCAACCCCCACCCUUGAUUCUCGCAGGCGGAGUCGAGGAACCGCACUGGGGACCCCAACAAAGAAGAGCUUACGUUAGGAAGAGAAUGGCCAGGAAACUUCGCAAAAAUGUUAACCCCGUUCCACACAUUGUAAUACCAAAUCUUUUGUUGUUGUCGCUUAUGAUUUGGAACCCCUUUCAAUCUCCAGAUUGA